GUCGCAGCAGCAUUGGUGGUGUUGAUCACCUGGGAGCGAAUUAAAAAUGGGUGAUGUUGAGAAAGGCAAGAAGAUUUUUGUUCAGAAGUGUGCCCAGUGCCACACUGUGGAAAACGGAGGCAAGCAUAAGACCAGACCAAACCUCCACGGUCUGUUUGGGAGGAAGACAGGUCAGGCGGCUGGAUUCUCAUACAUAGAUGCCAACAAGAACAAAGGCAUCACCUGGGAAGAGGAUACUCUGAUUGAGUAUUUGGAGAAUCCCAAAAAGUACAUCCCUGUAUCAAAAAUGAUCUUCGCUGGAAUUAAGAAGAAGGGAGAGAGGGAGGACCUAAUAGCUUAUCUUAAAAAUGCUACUAAGGAGUAACUCCACUGCCUUAUUUAUUACAAAACAAAUGUCUCAUGA